AUGGUUUUAAAUGCAAGCCAAGCAUUUAUACGUUAUUGCGUUAUUUCUAUUUAUUUUUUCCGUAAAAUCGCCCGUAAUUACUUUUUAACGGUAACGCUUUGCCCAAAAAGGGUUAAAACGCUUUAUGUGCUUAAAAAAGUUAAGCAUAAGCGUAAAGCUUUAUACUUUAAAAACGUUUUUAAUUUUGGUUUAAAUAAAUAUUGCUUAAAAUUUUGGAAAUUAUUAGUUAACGUUUAUGGUGCUAGCGGCCUUUUUAAACGUAUUGCGGUACUUUUAAAAAAUUAUUUAAAUUUUUAUUAUAAAAGUAAAAGCGUA